UGGUUAAACAUCAAUAUCAUCUAGGUUAAGUAUACGAACAACACAAAUUCAAACAUCACAAAAAAUAUUUACAUAAACAUUAUAAUACAAUAAUUUAAUCAAAAAAUACAAUAAAAAAAAUAAUAUUCAAAAGAAUAGUUAUAUACUUAAAUUUGAAAAUCAAAGAUAUUUUUGCUAAAAUUGUAAUUACCUCGCCAAGAAGAUCGACCAUCUUUUUUACGGAUUGAUCGAUUGUUAAGCAUGUGGUCGAUCCGAAAAUACUCUGCAGUUUAAUUAAAUAUCUAAAACAUUUAUUCCAACACUCAACAGAUAGUUUUCCUAAAUAUGAUAACUAGAUAGCCAAUAAAAUUACAAAAAAUAUUUAAAUAGUAAAAAAUAUGUUAAUUUAACGUGUUAAAAUUUAAAAAUAAAUUUUAAUUAUGACAUACAUCUUAACAUUUAUAUAAAUAUAUAUCAUAACCUAAAUAUAAAUAAUUUAACAACUUAAAUUAGAAAAAUAUAAAAAUCCCGGGCGUAGCCCGGGUUAAUCCCUAGUAUCUUUCUUCAUUUAAAGUUUAAGAUUGUAGUGAAUGAAAAAUACUUUGGAUAGAAACAUCAGUUGGUGUUACAUUCGACGUAUUAAAACAUAUUAGAUAUUUUGGUGGAACUUAAAAACUAGAGAACCAAACUCAAAAUACAGAAUUUGUGAGCUGUAGAUAGAAUCCGCGCCAACUGAAUAAGGGCCGUUGGCCGUUACCUUCUUCCUCUCUCUCUCUCUCGUCAUCUCCAAUCCUUCUCUCUCCCCUAAUUUUCUGGAAAUUCAUUCGACUAGGAAGGAGAGAGAGGGAGAGGAGAAGAGCAUCUCACGAUUCUUUUGUAAUUCUGUUGAAUGUGAAACUCUUUCCCUCUCCGAUUUCGUCGGCUUAAUCAUGGUUCCGUGUUUUUCGUUGGAGGAGUUCGACAUUGAUUUCGAAUUCGAUGCACCUCGUUUCUACGAUUUCUCCAGACCAGAGCUUGAUUCCGAGACAGAUGAAAUCGAGUUCUGGUUCGAAUCCGCGGGAAACUACCCUCCUUCGCGUAAGACACACGUUAGGGCAAAGAUUCUGUUUAUUACAAACAUUUGUCUUUUUGUUUCUCUCUCUCUUACAGUUCGGUAAUAAUAUUAAUUAUGAUGUUUUUUUAAUUAUCUCAGCUUUUAGCCCAAAGUUUAAUUGGAAACUUGAGCCACUUCCAGUUAAGCAACUUACAAACACCAGCUCAAAAACUAAGCCUGUGGAUACCGGUCUUAAUCCAAAAGAUAAAUACAAUGGGUUCAUAUAUUAUAACCAAACGGUUAAAGAUGUCUCCAAGACAAAACCGAAAUCAAAAACAAAAUCAAGUAGUAGCUCAACUUUAACAAGACCUACUGUUUCUUUGCUUGCAAGGCAGAAUAAACCAUUAGACGUUUACUCCGUUCAACUUUUGACAAGAUGUCAGAGGUCAUUAGCAAAGUUUGGUGAUAACUUAUCUCCAAUCUUAGUCUCUAAGUUGCAAAACCAAGACACCAAAACGCAAAAACUGGAAGCUAAGAUGGAUCAAAUUAACUCCAACAGAAGAUCUAAACUCACUGUUCCUAAGGAACCGAAACUCAGAACUGCAGAAAGAUCUGAAAGACACAGGUCUAAGGUUAACUCAGAAAUCAAGCAGAAUGCAAAAUCAAGGAUCACUUCACCUAAAAUAAACACUACCAACAAAAAUAUUAAUCAUGAACCUUCUUCAGCACCUCUGCCUAAAAGUAAUACUGUACGGUCUCAAGAUCUUAAGGCAUUUGGUUUAAGAACAUCACUGAGAGCAAAGGAACGCUCUUCAAAUGCUAAGAUUAAUGCCAUACAAGAGAAAGAAGCUACUAACUCCAGAACGCUAUUAAAAGGUAGGAGAGCCAAAGGAAACCACAGCGGGAAGAUACACUGCCAAGUGUAUGAAUCUAAGAUUUUCCCUCUAGACUCAAAGAGACCAAGCAAAGAAGGACUCGGCGAAGCAACUAGCAUCAAAUAUGGAACUCAAAAGUCUUGCAGGACAUAUAUUAACAGGGGCCUGGAUUUAUGCAGCAAAUUCGAUUCACAGAAAAUUGCAGGGAGCUUAAUCAUGGCUUAAUCUUCACCUUGAAGAUCAUUGCUUAAUCUUCACCUUGAAGAUGUUCUUAUCAUGUUGAUUUAUACACACGCAUUCCUAUGUCUCUAUACAUAGAAACGUGUACGCUUGUUUUUGUUUAGAUAUAUGCUGAGAAAUAUAUUUCAUUGAUUUUUUGUUGUUGUGUGGUCAUAUGUUAUGUAAGCUAUUAUUUAUUAACUCAGAAGAUUAAAGACUUUAACUAACUCAUGAACUUUUUUUUUGAAAAAGACAAACUCAUGAACAUGUUCUUGGUAGAAAUUACUAGAUAACUUCGCAUAACCAUUUUGUAUAACUUUUUUUAAAAAAAUAUUAAAUUUACUUCACUUUUGUACAAUGAAUACUACUAUGGUGUAGUUUAUGAUACUUGUACUUGUUUAAUCUCUAAUCAGUUUCUAC